AUGCGUCUCACUACCUUUCUCCUUCCUCUCGCCGCUGCUCCACUGGCUUUCGCGGCUCCAGAGCCCAACCCUGUUGCUCCUCGCGCACCCGCCUCCACUGGUCUUCUCUCAGAGUUGCCAGGCAUUCUAGAUGGUGUGCAAGAGCUGCUGAGCAAGGAUACCAUCAACAACCUCGAGGUUAUUGUUAGCGGUGCUGCCAAGCUGCUUUCAUCCAGCAAUAUCGAUGUCCUGCAGGAUAUUCUGACCAACGCCCACUCCCUUCUCACAAAGGAGUUUGUUGAUAACACAACGACUCUGAUCGGCGAUGCUACUCCGGUGGGUACCUCUAGUAAUGCUGAUCUUCGUGUCUGA